AAAAAGGCUUUCCUCAUUUAACUCUCUCUCUCUCUACAGGCGAAGCUAGAGCCUAGAGCAGAGCAGAGAAUGUGACUCUUCCUCUUCCUCUUAAGUUUUUUUCCCUCUAAAAAAGACUAUUUUUUCUCACAAAAUCUUCUCUAUUACUCAUGCUUUAUACGUGGUUAGUAUAAUCAAACAGAUAUAAUUUUUCUAUUUGAACCGUCUCUCUUUUUCUGUCUCUGUCUCUGAGAGUCACAGUAACAUGCAAAUGCCACCAUAAACGAAGUUGGUAUAUUAACACUCUUUGAACAAACUUUGCUAUCGAUUCUUUUAUUGAUUUUACAACUUUGAUUGAUACCCAAAAGCCAAUAGGAGGGAAAGUGUGUCUGUGGAGUGUGUGAUUGUUUGAAAAAGAAAGGGAAAAAAAGCAAUGAAGAACGAGGAACAAGAACGGUCUUUGUUUGGGAUUUCGCUCUCAACCAGACCCAAAUGGCAACAGUUCCUCAUUUGCUCAUCUGGUUUCUUCUUUGGCUAUCUUGUCAAUGGUAUCUGCGAGGAGUACGUGUACAAUCGGCUCAAAUUCAGCUAUGGUUGGUAUUUUACAUUUGUUCAAGGAUUUGUCUAUCUGUUUCUGCUUUAUAUCCAAGGCUUCACCCCAAAGCAAAUGGUAAACCCAUGGAAGACUUAUGUGAAACUCUCUGCUGUCCUUAUGGGUUCACAUGGACUCACCAAAGGGUCUCUGGCUUACCUAAACUACCCAGCACAACUCAUGUUCAAAUCCACAAAGGUACUCCCGGUGAUGAUAAUGGGUGCAUUCAUACCGGGUCUGAGGAGGAAAUACCCGCCUCAUGAAUACAUAUCGGCAGUACUUUUGGUUGUGGGUUUGAUCCUCUUCACCUUAGCAGAUGCACAAACUUCUCCCAACUUCAGUGUAAUUGGUGUUAUCAUGGUAUCUGGAGCUCUAAUCAUGGAUUCCUUUUUGGGUAAUCUGCAAGAAGCUAUCUUUACCAUGAAUCCCGAAACCACACAGACUGAGAUGCUGUUUUGCUCCACCGUAGUUGGUUUGCCUCUCUUGAUUCCACCAAUGCUUGUAACGGGUGAAUUAUUCAAAGCAUGGGUUUCAUGUUGGGAGCAUCCAUACGUUUAUGGCGUGUUAGUGUUUGAAGCCAUGGCCACGUUUAUCGGCCAAGUUUCUGUCCUUUCCCUCAUAGCCCUCUUUGGUGCUGCCACCACUGCCAUGAUAACAACAGCAAGGAAGGCGGUGACAUUAUUAUUGUCAUACUUAAUAUUUACAAAGCCAUUGACUGAACAACAUGGGACUGGGCUUCUCCUAAUUGCUAUGGGAAUCACAUUGAAGCUCUUGCCUGAAAAUAAACACACCAAGAGGUCCUCCAACUUCUCUGCCAGUGCCAAAAUUGCAAAGCCUGCCAGCAGUGAAGAGGAGAUAACUCUAGUAGAAAAUUUAGGACAAGAUGAAGAAAAGAGGCCACUAGUCUGAAAUUAAACAACUAUAUUGUAACUAUGCUUUUAUUCUUUAUGCCCCUUCUAGGAUUUAGAAAUUAUGCUUUCAUUAUUACUUGGCCUUUACAAAUUUGAGCUUAACAUGUUGGCUAGUACCUCAUGGUUUUCAAUCCCUUGUAAGGAUUAACACAUGCCUGGUAGUGUCCAACCAAUUUGUGGGGUUGAAAUAUAGGGGUCUCACAUCUUAAAAUUUCUUGAAUUGUACUAUCCCUAAAAUUUUAUUGAGAUAAAUGAAAAUUGUGUUUGUUUAAGUUAAA